AUGCCCGUACCCAUGCAUGAGGAUCACCCUAUGCACGUACCCAUGCAUGAGGAGCAAUCUCCCAUUGAGCUUGACCACAUGGCUUCUGAUGAGGAGCCUUUUGAUAAUGUGGGAGCUCCUGAUGACACUCCUCACUCGCAUACUUCCUCCAGAUAUGAGGAUUCCCCAUCUUCCACUUCACAUGUCCAGGAUACGAAUGAUGUGCACCCCUUGACAGAAGAAAAUGUAACGAGCUCCUCCUCCCAUGAGCUGGAUGUACCGCACGUGCCUCGUCGUAAUCCGCCCUGA